AUGGAUGUAGCUUCAUCAGUAAGAAAAGUUUCAUCAUCAGGUAUAAUAACAAAUACAAUUAAACCAACAACAACAACAAUAUCUAAUGCACCACGAAGUAUAAUUGUAAGAAAAUCAAGUAAUGGGUUUGGUUUUAAUGUACGUGGUCAAGUAUUUGAAGGUGGUCAAGUUAAAGCUAUACAUGGAACACUUUAUGGACCACUUCAACAUGUAUCAGCUGUAUCAAGUCGAGGAUCAGCUGAAAUAGCAGGUCUUUGUGUUGGAGAUAAAAUACUUGAAGUAAAUGGUGUUGAUGUAGAAGGUGCAUCACAUAAACAAGUUGUUGAUUUAAUUAAACAUAGUGGUGAUGAACUUCAUCUUGUUGUAAUUGCAUCGGCUGGCGAUGAAACACAUAGUGAUGUACAUUCAGGUGAAGAAUCAAGUGGAAGUUCAAAUGAUUAUACAGAAAGACGUUCACUUGCUAUUACAAUACCAGAUUAUAGUUUAUUGGAAGUGAAUGAUGAGAAAUUUUAUUUUUAUUUAAAAAUUAAUCAUAUGUAA